AUGCCGAAAGCAACAUCUGACAAGUUUUCGCGCGCGCACAUACCUUCUGCGAAAAACGCCGCGAAGGCGGAAUCCUCAUCCUCGGGCGGUGGCGCGCGGAAUCCGAUCUUCAAGACGGAGCGCUUCGGCCAACAUAUCCUGAAUAACCCACUAGUAGCGCAAGGAAUCGUCGAUAAGGCGAACCUCAAGCCAACCGACAACGUACUGGAGGUUGGUCCUGGUACAGGGAAUCUCACAGUCAGGAUACUCGAUAAGGCGAAGCAUGUUACAGCGGUAGAGAUGGACCCGCGCAUGGCCGCCGAACUCACGAAGCGCGUUCAGGGAAAACCCGAACAACGCAAACUCGACAUCAUCAUCGGCGACUUCGUCAAAGCCGACCUCCCCUACUUCGACGUCUGCAUCUCCAACACCCCCUACCAAAUCUCCUCCCCCCUCGUCUUCCGCCUCCUCUCCCACCGCCCCCUCCCGCGCGUCUGCAUCCUCAUGUUCCAGCGCGAGUUCGCACUACGGCUCGUCGCGCGCCCGGGCACCGAGUUCUGGUCGCGCCUCUCCGCGAACGUGCAGCUCUACGCCAAAGUCGACCAUGUGAUGAAGGUGGCGAAGAGCUGCUUCCGCCCGCCGCCGAUGGUGGAGAGCAGCGUGGUGCGAAUCGUGCCGCUGGACCCGCCGCCGCCGGUGCGGUUCGAGGAGUUCGAUGGGCUGACGAGGAUCAUCUUCGCGCGGCCGAAUAAGGUGGUGCACGCGAAUUUCCAGGCGCGCGGCGUGCUGGAGAUGCUGGAGGCGAACUGGAAGACGUGGUGCUCGCAAAAUAACAAGGCGGGGUGGCUGACCGACUUGCAGAUCGUCGAAAACAAUACAUCCUUCAAGUCGAAGGUCGAGCAGAUCCUUCGCGACACUAGCAUGCUCGACGCGCGCGCGGCGAAGAUGGACAAGGACGAUAUCCUGAAGCUCCUGGCCGCUUUCCACGAUGAGGGCAUCCACUUCGCAUAA